AUGGAUAUUGAUGAUUGGAUAUAUGUAGAUGAUAAAUCUUUAACAAAUUCUGAAGUUGACGAAUUUUCUAACAGUUCUGAAAUUGAUGAAUUUUCCAGCUCAAGUGAUUUUCUUAUUACAGUUAAUCAUGCAGGUAGUAAUCAACUAUCAGAUGAAAUGACUUGUGCUCUAAGAUUAUUUGAGCUAAAAUCUAUAGUAAAUUUAGAACCGAUAUGGAUUGAUGUGUGUAUUAAUUCCUGUUAUGCAUAUACUGAGCAAUAUAAGGAACAUAUUCAAUGUAAAUAUUGUGAAAUACCAAGAUAUCAAAAUGCAAUAUCAAAU